GACAACUAUAACAUCGUAAUUAUAUCCGUCUUAUAUGCUGAAGGGUCCUUUGUGUAUUUAUUGUCACAUAAGGUGUCGAUUAUUUCCCCUAGUGUUCGCAGUCUCUCGGACAUCCAAUCGUCUUGUAAGUCGAAAAUAUGGGCUUAUAUAAAAAGCUAGCCACGGGUCUCGAGGAAGUGGACAUCAUUAUCGCCGGAGGUGGAACGUCGGGAUGUAUCGUAGCAGGGCGCUUAGCCGAGUCCAACCCAGACCUCUCGAUCCUGGUGAUCGAGAGUGGCCCGGACAACUACGACAAUCCCAAAUGCAUAUAUCCAGGACUCUACCUGCAGAAUCUUCGGUUGGGAUCUGAUACUACGAUCCUCUAUAAAGCGAAUAAGUCGGAGAAGCUCGCUGGGAGGGAGUGCUUGGUUCCUUCAGGGGGCACCCUUGGCGGUGCUUCGUCUAUUAACUUGAUGAUGUACACGCGAGCUCAGCGUGAUGACUACGACUCAUGGGAGACGCCAGGUUGGACGACCGACAAAGUAUGGCCGUAUUUGAAAAAGCUCGAGACAUACCACGGCCAAGGGAAGCCAGAAUAUCAUGGGUACAAUGGCCCAAUGCAAGUGACAAAUGGUCGGUUCCGUAGUAAGCGUGUAGAAGACGAAUGGCUACGCGCUGCAGGGGAGCUCGGGUAUCCUGAGAUAGUCGACCUGCAAGACUUAGAAAGCAAUAACGGGUUUUCGCGCUGGCUCCGAUACAUCACCCCCGAGGGGAAACGCUCUGAUACAGCACAUGCGUACCUACACCCCCUGCUACGCGACGGCAAGCAUCCAAACUUGCAUGUGUUAGUAGAGUCAAACGUCGUGCGCGUGACAUUCGACCGGAAUAAACAGGCCAAUGGAGUAGAGUUCACGCCGAAUCCUCGAUUCCAAGUUCUGACGGGCUUCACACCACCACAACCAAAGCAGAUAAUCAGAGCCCGCAAGCUUGUUGUUGUGUCCUGUGGUGCCUGUGGUACACCAGCCGUGUUAGAACGCUCCGGGAUCGGUUCUAAAGAGGUGCUAGACCGAGCAGGAGUCCCGCUAUUCCACGAGCUCCCAGGCGUGGGGCAUCAUUAUCAGGACCACAACCUCAUGGGGUACACGUAUCGGACCUCCCUGGAACCUAAUGAGACGGGCGACGCCAUAGCCAGUGGGCGCCUGUCCGCUGAAGAUGCGAUAGCAAAGAAUCAUCCACAUCUUGGAUGGAAUAUCAUGGACCUCUCGUCUAAACUAAGGCUGACGGAGGCCGAAGUUGAUGCCAUGGGUCCCGAAUUCCGGGCUGUAUGGGACAGAGAUUUCAAGGAUAAGCCAAAUAGACCAUUCAUGCUCAUGGCGGUUAGUAGCGGAGUACUAGGUGACCAGACAGGCUUUCCACCAGGCCAAUACGUUUCGGUUGCACCGUACACUGCAUACCCAUAUUCCCGCGGGCAUAUGCACAUCACUGGACCGGAUACCACUGAUCCUCUUGACUUUGAUAUGGGCUUCUUCACCGACGAGAAUGAUAUAGAUAUAAAGAUGCAGAUUUGGGCCUACAAGAAAGGCCGAGACAUCCUUCGUCGGACAGGCAUUUAUAGAGGUGAAUACACACUCCGCCACCCUCAGUUUCCAGAGGGUUCUGCCGCGGUCUGCAGUGAUGAGUGGCAUCAGUCAGCCGAAGGAUACAAGGUCCAGGAUAUUGAGUAUACACCUGAAGAUGAUGCGGCAAUUGAGCAGUACCUCCGCGAAAACGUUCAAACAACUUGGCACUCCAUAGGUACGGCUAAGAUGGCGCCGCAAGAUGAGAUGGGUGUUGUUGACAAGGAUCUCAAUGUAUAUGGAGUCAAGGGACUCAAAGUGGUGGAUAUGAGCAUCGCGCCAAAGAAUGUUGCUGCAAAUACAAGCAAUACUGCUAUGAUGAUAGGAGAGAAAGCAGCGGAUAUUAUCGCGAAGGAGUUAGGUUUGGCUAUUAAAGAAUAGGGGUUAACAGGUAUCCACUUUUAAGACCUGCUCUUUCUUUUUCUUCCCCCCAAAACUUAGGAAUCGUG